UGCUCCUGGACUUCCAGUGGGUUGUGUUCAGAUAAACCCAUCAUCAUAAGUUGAAAAUGUUGCACUGCUGUGAUCACCACCUCCCAAAGAUGCAUCCUGACUUAUCUCCACACUUGCACACUGAAGAAUGCAACAUCUUGAUUAACUUGCUUAAGGAAUGUCACAAAAAUCACAACAUUCUGAAAUUUUUUGGUCAUUGCAACGCUCUUGAUCGGGAGAUGAGAAAAUGCUUGAAGAAUGAGUACAUGGAAAAGAGGACCAGGAGCAGGGAGCAUGGCAAUGCAAUGCGAAAAAGACUUUUCAGUCUUCCGGAGGAGUCUGAAAAAUAAUUUACAUUUUUAUGAUUUUACUAGAAUUAGAGCAAAAUGAUGCCAAGAGACAUCCCUUUAAAGCAGCAUGGCAAUGGUAAAGAUCAAACCUUGAUGACAUGACCUAGAGCAAGAAGAAUUCUGGGAAAUCCCAGCAUGUUAACUAUAAGGAAACAUUCCAAUUCUAUUGUUUUGAGUAGUCAUUUUCUGGGGGAUGUGACUCAGUAUAAAGUGCUUGCCUAACAUUUGUGAGGCCCUGGGUUCAAUCCUUGAUAUUGGGGGGGAAAAAGUCAUUUUCUGAAAGAUUAAAUGUUCAUAGUCAACCCUGUGAUGACAGAUUGAAAAUAUUUGAAAAAAGUUGCAUCAAUACUGAAGAUGUACAGACUUUGAGUUCUUGUCUUUUUCUAAAUAAUACAGUAUAAUAACUAUUUACAUAGCAUUUACAUUUCAUUAGAUAUUAUAAGUAAUCUAGGGAUGAUUUAAAGUAUGCAGUAGGAUGCAUGUUGGUUCUAUGCAAAUGCUACACCAUGAAGGGACUUGAGCAUCUGUGGAUUUGGGUAUCCAAAGGGAUCCUGGAACCAGUGCCCUCUCAGACACUAUGGGACAACUGUAAUGAACAUUGAUGGUGAUGAGUAGGAUUUAAGUCUUGGACUUGGUUCCUCAUUUGGUUGAAUGUACCCACUGUGGGUGCCAGUUUACUCUCUGUUCUUGACUUUAGAACAGCAUGUCUCCUGUCUGCUAGGUAUAGGGUUCUUCAUACAUUUAAUUCUAUCAGUUGUUUUAUCAUUGUUCUUUCUGCCCAUUGUUUUGAGACCUGUGACAGUUUGGCAACUCCCAGUCAUAGCAUAGUAGGGGUUUAGUCUUCCAAGGUGUCAAGGAAUCAGUUGGGCUGUAAUCUCUUGCAGUGGAAUUCUGUGUAUGAUGUCCAGCAUGAGACAGUGUUGGUGUUUAACAACACAAUUGGUGUUUAACAAACAAUUUCCCUGUUGCAGAAGGUGUUCAGGAAGCUGGACAUAUGAGCAAGGUGUUGCAGAGAUUAGUAGGCAUUUGGUGGGAAGGAAGAGGUGGGAAAGAACCAGAAUUAAUUCUUGAGAUCCCUUCCAAGACAGAUUGUAUAGUAUUUAUUGUCUCCCCGUGUUAGUCACUGUAGAUAAGAAAUGAGACAUUUUGCCUUUUGAGUCUUGUGGCAAACUGGCACAUUGACUGUUAGCAUUGUCAACUAUAACCAUGAAUGUUCCAUGGUGAGGGAGGUGGCAUAGAAAACCUAGAAAGGCCACUUAUACUCAGCUUUCAGGAAGAUGGAGCCAUUCCAGGAAAACUAGUUAGCAAAGGUGAACUUUGACAAACAAGACAGUGGAUUACCUUCUGGGAUCUGCAGCCAUUUGGCAUAGCUGGAAAAUGGGGACUGAUGAUGGAAGAAGAUCAUAAACAGCUUUGAGUUUUGUUGAGAUUUUUAUCUUCAAAGCUGAUGUCACUGGUUGCAGAUUUUAACGUGGUGAUUAGGGAUUUGGGGAGAAAAAUUAGUUGGAAGGAUGUUUCAAUUGGUAUUUUGGUAAGAUUUUUCUGGUUAUAAUUUGGGGAACAAAAUGGAGAGCAAGAAAGAUUACACCAAGAGGGACCAAUUAGAAUUUUGUUCCAGUGAAUGAGAGCUGAAUUAAAGAAGUGACUUUGGUGGUCAACAGGAAUGACUAGCCAGGCAUGCCUGUAAUUCCAGCUACUUGGGGGGCUGAGGCAGAAAGAGCACAAGUUUGAGACCAGCCUUAACCAUUUAUCAAGACCCUGUUUCAAAAAAAUAAAAACAUAAAGGAUUGGGGAAGUAGCUUAGAGGUACAGCAACCUUGACUGUUUCUGCUCCCUGAGUCCAAAAUCCCAGACACACUAACAUGGUCACUCAUAACCAGUGAUCUCCUGAUGAAUGUUUAAUGACUAGACUAACUCUCCAAAAACAACAGGAAAAGAGAAGAUAAAAAGGCACUCAUCUGUAGCAUUUGCCAUUUUCCAUGGUGUAAAUACUCCCACUAGUGGAUUUCAAACUAUCAACCUGAGGGUGGAGUUGGGAAGAGAUGUGACCAAUAGACUUUUCUGAGCUCGCAGAAAAGGCCCUGCAGAAGGAACUGCAGUGCAUCAAAUCAGUUGAUGUCCCUUGAUAGUCGCCUUUCUUACCUCCAGUGUUUUGUCAGUUGAAAGUACCUGUAAUCUGUGGGGUAUACUGCAAUGGGUGGUCUGACUUUGAUGGCCCAAGUAACUGAAGUUCAGGACUACUACAGGCUCCUAGGGUAAGUUCUUCUAUGAGGAAUGAGUAAUCUCGUGCCAGGUGAAGUUAAAUCAGCCUGUGCCAUCAUGCUUGGAUUUGUGUUCAGCAGCAGAGGUCAGGAGUUCAGAUGCAUCUUGCACCACCACCCUCAUGAUCACAUUAGCUUGAUCACAUCUCAAGGAAUGAGUCUUCAGAAGUAGGUUGGACUCAAAAGUUACCCACCUAUGUGACUUCUGCAUGAUGCUCAGCCUCUCAGGAUUUCAACUCAUAAUUUUUAAAACGAAAUUGUUGGACUAGUUUACUUGGUUGCCUCAGAAUCCACAGGACCUCAGGUCUAAGCACUAAAUAAUCAGUAGGGAUAACGUUCUUUUUUGAACUAUAUUGCCAGCCCAAGUAACUUUCCUUUACCAUAAAACAUUCUGUGAUUGUGAGAGUAACAUAGUCUGGGAUUUUGGUGGUUUUGUGUUGAUUUUCUUCCCAUCUAGGACUCAGCUUCCUGUGCUUGUAUCUCUUAGGGUAUAGGAGCCACUUUAGUAAAAGGAAAGUAGACCCUGAGGAGUAUUGAGUUUCAGUGGCAUGCCAGACUCCUGCUUAGGACUGCUCUUCCUGCUCUAGGCUGGUCUUCCUCUGGACCGCCUCAGUACUGCCAGGGAAGACACUGCCCACUCCAGCCCAGCAUGUCACUUUUAAGGUCUUUCUCUGAUGAUUCCAUCUGUUCUUGACCCUUAAUAGAGUACAGCUAUACAGUCAAGGCUGUGGCAGUAUUGACCCCAUCUACCCUUCCAGUUCCCUCAAAGGAGGAAGUUUGAGGAAGAGAAAAAUACAGUAGAAUAGGAGCACCAUGAACAGGGAGAGGGCAGAGUGACAAAAGGGGAGAAAGGUGGGCAGGGUCAACUUCCACCUUGGAAACAAUCAAUGGAUAGGACCCUGAAUGUUAUUUGGAGGCAAUGAAAAAUCAUUAGGAGGUUUUAUAGAGAUUGGCAAUGGUUUAUUUAUACUAGGCACCGAGGAUUAAACCCAGGGGCAACUUUACUACUGAGACACAGCCCCAGUCCUUUAUUUUGAAUCUCACUAAUUGCUAAGACUGACCUGGAACUUGAAAUCCUCCUGCCUCAGCUUUCUGUGUCACUGGGAUUAUAGGUGUGUGCUACCACACCAGACUUUCAUUUACUUAUAUUUUAUAAAUUUCAUGUUGGUUACUGAAUAAAGAAUGGUUAUAUUUAAACCAAUUCAACCCAGUGAUAAUACCUGUCACGUAAGUAACAGGAUUUGUUGAGAUAUAUGUCAUGGCAAAUUAUCAGGCACAGAGUAAGGGCCCUCUCAGUAUUGCUGUUCUAAGUGUAUACAAAUAGGGGUCUCAAACAUUUCUCCCACACUUUGAUGGGAUGUGCCAAAUCACUUGAGGUGGUCCCACCUGGCACAUCUCCUACUAACGGGUGGAGGAAUCGGGGUUGUAGGACUUGGUAGGAGGAAGAAGGAAGGGCCCGGGAACUCAGGCCGACCUGACCCAUUCCCUUGCUGCUUAUACAUCCUGCCUUUCCACAGAGGAAGUCAGUCCCCAGGUGUGCCUAUCUCUCCCUUGCCAUACCACCUCUGGCUUGAGUCAUGUCUAGUCUUACCAGCAUUCUCUAGCUUACUGUGAAUGAGAGUGGAAUCUCUUGUUUCUCCUUUCUGGAGCAAGCAUGCUCUCCUCUUGAGGAUUUCCAAGUAUUUAAAAAAAAUGUUCCACUUGCUGCAGAAGUCUGAGACUAGAGGGAGAUUGGGGCAGGGAGGAGUGGAGAUUGGGGCAGGGGGAGCAGAGAUUCUCUGUCUCUUGCCUUUGUCAAGCACCUGAUGCUGUGUAGCACUCAGCAGUGUUGGUGGGACACUGAUGAAGGAGCUGAACACAGUGCAAGUGAGGGCUCACAUCAGGAAGUACCACCCAAGGCUGCCUAAGGAGUCUGGCUCUGGCUUUCCUUCUGGGGGCAGUGGGAAGGCAUUUCAGGGUCUGUGCAGAGUGAAGAGUUAAGGAAUAGAUUUCCUUCACCUGUCAACUUCUGGUGCUCUCAGGUCAUAAGGUACAGUCUCUUAAAAAUUGGAGCAAUCAGGCCAAGGUUUUCCUGAGAAAUCUAAUUUUGUGGAACACUGUGGGCCUUGAUGCUCUGGUCACAAGAAAUUUAUUAACGCUUUAUUGCAAGAAGUGCUACACAAUUUUAUUUAAACAUAAAGAUAGAAAGUUGAGCUGUUUCUGAUCCUUCAUGAAUGGAGUUUAAAAUCAGGUUAAUCUUCACAGAGUAUUCUGCUGAAUGUCCCAUGUUAGUUUUCCCAGGAAAGAACUUGGGCUGAAACAAAUGAAAAAUUGCACAUUGACCUGCCUGGUGAACAGACCAGAGAUCAUUCUGUGCUUGGCAAAAAAAGACCCCCAAAACAAGUUGCAUAGUCAUAAGGGACUGCCCUGACACCAUGAGAUUGAAACUGGCACCUUUUAAAUUCUGUUAAACCCAGGAAUUUGGAUAUGCCCAAACCUUCCUUAAUCCUCAACCUUGCCGACCUCCACUGGAGAGGUCACUGAGGGAGGUAAGUUCACAGGGGAGGUAAGUGCAAGGGAAGUGAAAGGAGGCUUUGCCUUUACCCAUCCUCUCCGCAGUGGCGCGAGGGGUGGAGUAGGUGGCCCAGGCUGCAGGCCUGUGUUUCUUUCCUGUAAGCUCCAGGCUGAUCUCACUGCAGCUGGUCACAUGGGAAGAAAGGAGACAGGAGAGCCUAGAGCAGGCAACCCAGUUUCACUAUCAGAAGAGAAGCUGGAUCAGCGGAUACCCUACUAGAACAAUAGCGAGGGAGGAGAUCACAUAAUGGGAAGGAACUUUAGUGCUAAUAUUGCCAUUUUUUUAAAGAUGAAAUGUUUUAAGUUUUAUAGAAAAGUAUACAGGCUAAUGUGAACACAAGCCACUAUCUAGCUUUAUUAGUAUUAACAUUUUGCCAUACUUGUUUUGAUUUAGGGUUUUUUUGUUUUUUUUUUUUUUUUUAAAGAAAUAACACAUCACAAACCCGAGUAAGGCCUCCUGUGUCCUUCUUCCCAUGUAUUUUCCUCUCUAUCCCAGGUAACUGUACCCUGACUGAUAACUUUCAUUCCCAUGCCUGAUUUCAUACUGCAUCCAUGGGUUAGUAUUCACAAACAAUGGAUUAUUUUGCAUAUCUAGACAUUUUACUUAGAAGGCAUCAUGAUGUGUACAGUCUCUGUAGCCUUUUCACAAAAUAUGUUGAUAAAGGAAGCUCUUUAUUCAUUCUGACUGCUGUAGUAGUGUUCCAUUUUAUGACUGUGCCACUGUUGAAGCAUUUUCCUUUUGAUGGGGAUUUAGGUGUAUAGUUUUUGCUACUAUAUAUGGUUUCAGUGAAUCUUCUUACAUGUCUUCUUGUGCAAUCUGGGAGAGUAUCAGGUGUAAACCUAGGAUUUUAAUUAUUGGGUUUUAAGGUAUACAUCUUCAAACUUACUGAAAGUUGUAAAUUGCACCCUAUUAAUUAAUACUUCCUAAUGACAUUGUUUUUCCAUCUAAAUAUGGUGUGUCUCUUGACUCAUUCCGGAGUUUUAUGUCUUUAAAUAAAAUGUUAUGAUUUUUA